AUUUAGAUAUCGUACCAAAGUGUUAAGAAACCACGGGUGAGUUUUCAUUCGGAUGACUUUGUAUAGCGUCCAACUUUGUGUGCUACACAACAACAAACAACCCACGCGCACGUGGAUACUUCUGGUUUUUUUUCAAACUGGAUUUUAAUGAGGGAGCUGAUUUAGGUGUCCAUUACCCGGGAAAAACGGACACUUUGGAAAAACCAAGAUAAUGGAAGGCAGUAAACUCGUAUGAGCACAGAAAGGUUGUUCACUAAUAAUAUGUCCGCCUACAACUUUCCUGGAUUGAUUGCCCAAAAACAAAACGCAGAGAUAUUAAGUAAAGAAGAAAUCCAAUGGUUUGUUUCUCAAGUUUGCAACAAAUCAGCACAUGAUGCUCAAAUUGGUGCUAUGCUGAUGGCGAUAUUUUUGAAAGGAAUGACCAGAGAAGAGACAGCAGUUCUAACUGAAUGCAUGACAAACUCUGGAGAGGUUUUGUCAUGGCCCGAUUCUUGGAAGCAUUUGGUCGUGGAUAAACAUUCAACUGGAGGAGUUGGAGACAAAAUAAGUCUUGUGCUUGCUCCAGCAUUAGCAGCCUGUGGUCUGAAGGUACCUAUGAUAUCUGGUCGAUCGUUAGGUUUUACUGGUGGAACUUUAGACAAAUUGGAAUCGAUCCCUGGUUACAACGUUCUUCUAUCUCCAUCGGAGAUGCUGGAAAUCCUCGAGAACGUUGGCUGUUGUAUUGUUGGACAAACAGAGGCGUUAGUUCCUGCUGAUAAAUCGUUGUAUGCAAUACGCGAUAUCACUAGUACCGUGGCUUCACAACCGUUAAUUGUUAGUUCAAUCAUUUCUAAAAAGGCAGCAGAGGGUUUAAGCUGUCUUGUAUUGGAUGUCAAAUUUGGUUGCGGUUCUUUCCAGAAAACAAAAGCAGAGGCGGAGUGUCUUGCAGCAGCUUUGACUGCGACAAGUAAAGCUAUGGGAAUAAAGACGACGUCUUUUGUGACUGAAAUGGACCAGCCGUUGGGAUCGGCUGUCGGCAAUUCUGUUGAAGUUAUAGAAGCUAUUGAAUGUCUACAAGGAAAUGGUCCGGCGGAUGUUUUAGAGCUGGUCAUUUGUCAAGGUGGCGAGUUAUUGCAUUUGAACGAGCAAGUUGAUAGUUUCGAGGAAGGCAAGCGAAAAAUUCAAGACGUUCUGAAAAAUGGUGCUGCAUUGUUGAAAUUUAAGCAAAUGAUAGUAGCGCAGGGUGUUGAUGAAAAGGUUGGCUGCGAACUUAUCGAAAACCCAAGAAACGCCCUUCCCCUCUCGAAACAUACUACGGUUUUAAAUGCACCAAAAACAGGUACCGUUACUAACAUUGACGCCUUGACAUGCGCACAAGUCUCCGCCGCCUUGGGCGCAGGGCGUUCUUUUCCUACGGAUAACGUGACGCAUAAUACUGGGUUACUUUUAAAAAUUUCCAAAGGGGGUUUUAUUGAGAAAGGACAGCCAUGGGUUGAACUGUUUCAUGUUGAAGAUACGAUGAAUUCAUCUCUGAAGAAGGACUUAGAAGACGCCAUUACUAUUGACGAUGAUUCAACCGCGAGUAAAGCAAGCGAAAAUUCGAGAGUUCACUCAAUCAUAAGAGAUACAAGUGUCGGAAAGCCAGUCAUGAAAUGUCAGUAAAGAUACCAAGUUAUUAUCUCGACAUCAUAUUUCCCUUUUGCUUCCACAACACUAUACAUACAUACUCAUCUACGUGUUAUUUAGCUAUGUGUUUUUACUUGACUAGUUUUAAUAAACUAUUUAUGUUUUCUAUUUAUGUAAGCUUUUAUUAUUUUUGUUAUUUUUGUUCUUUCUGGUGCACUGAAUUCAGGGAAAUUUGAAUUAGUUAUAUUUUUAGUGGGUAUUUUUCAUUAUGUGAAAACUUGCAUCAAUUCGUGAGUUUUAUGUUCUUAUAUGAUUCGAUGUACAUACGGAAAGCAAAAAUUGUCGUCGUAAUACUGUCCUUGCUCGUAACUUUUUUAAAACUGUUGUGUUGUUGUUGUUGUUAUUAUUGUUGUUAUUGUUAUUGUUGUUUUUUGUUAUUGUUGUUGGUUACAUUAAAGUUUUUAUAUUUAGAAUUUUUUAAAAAAGAAGACUUAGUUAUAUUUGUAAUAGUAUAUCGAUAAAAAGGAGAAAUAAUAAUAUAAUUUCUUUUUUGUUUUGUUUUGUUUUUUACUUAAAAUCCAGAUCAACUGCAUACGAAAGAGGUUUGCUUCGUAGGCGAAGGGUUUUUUUUAAAAUAUAUUUUCGACAGAUGGUAAAACUAUAAAGAUUUUAAUUUGCUUUAAAAUUUUCGCACGAAAAUGGGUGACACGAGGCUGUUUUUUUCGUGAUCACUCACUCUCCUCCCCACCUUUUUACUUUUACGAAGAAUCGUGGUAAACUUUUUGGGAAAAAACGAGGAAGUGUGGUAGAUGGUGAUGAUAAAAUGAUGACCUAAGUAAAAAUCGUUUUUAGCAUAAUAUCUUGUUUUAUCGACAGAUGAAGUACAAUUUAAUCAGGUUAUUUUUGUUCGGUUAAUUAUGUACCAGCACGCGUGUAGUAAUGUCUAUGACGUCA